AUGCCUCUUUUCAAGAAGAGCCACAACAAGCACGAGAACGACUCCGGCGCCGCCGACAACAUCCGCGACGACUCUACCACUGGCUCCGGCACCAACACCGGCAUCGGCUCCACCGCUCGUGAAGAGCAACGGUACGAUCCUGGUCUGAGCGGUGAUACGACCCAGGGCUCUGGAGGGUAUGGCGACCCCAACUUGACUGGACCGAAUGUUGCUGGAAGGGGUGCGCACCACGAUUUCGCGACUUCGGACAGACAUAACAUCGUCCCCGGCCAAUAUCCGGCCGGUCAACAAGAUCAGUACGGCCCAGGUACCGGGACCGGAAGGACUGGCGCGACCGACGUCUACGGCGGUCAGACAGGCCCUGGUGUCGGCACUGGCACCGGUAUCGGUGGGCAGCAGCAGCAGCAGCAGCAGCAGCAUAGGAGUGGGGGUGGACAUCUUGCCGGCAAAGUUGAACACGGCGUCGGUGCAAUGAUCGGUAGUAAGGCGUUGGAGGCGAGGGGUGCGGAGAAGGAACAUGAAAUGAACGCCAUCAAGCAGCAAAGUACCGAGAUCUCUGAGGCUGAGAGGCUCGAGCGUCAAGCUGCUGAGCUUAGAGAACGCGCCGUCGCUCAUGGUGCUCAUCCAGAUAACUCCAAGCUCGGUGGAGGCAUCAAAAGGAAAGGGGGGCUCUUGCAUGCGCGAUGGUGGGGGGGUGGUAGUGGAAACGGUGACGCCACCAUUGUUAGGAACGAAGCGGUUGAAUAA